GUUAUUCAAAGUAUAGUUCAAGAAUAUUAAUAGACAUCGUGUUAUUCUAAAAUUAUUAAUGGAGAUCCUGUUUUUCAAGAAACUGUCUAAAAAUAUUAAUUCGCAUCCGUGUUAUGUGUUAUUUUCGUGUCCAGCAAUAGUAUAAAUACUGCAUAUAAGAGACUGGCUCAAUACAUCACUGAGAACUUCUUUUGCAAGAACCUCUCAUACAUCUAAGAAAAAUGUCUUCAGAUGAAUGUGAUUAUGAUUUUAACGUGAAACAAACUGUUGGUAAAAAAAGAGGAGCAAAACCUAAAAAUAUAGAAGAUCUGGAGUUGAAAAAGCAAAAGGUUACCUUAGACCAAAAGUUUGAGUUAGAUCUAACUCUAGAUAAAGACAAUACUCAACUGCUAAUUGAUUGGGGGAAUUUUUCAUUUUCAUCAUUAGAAGAGAAUAAUAUUCGUCAUUUAAGAAAUUAUAUUGACUGGGAUAUCAUCAGUCGACGAAACGAUUUAUCUCUCACAUUCAUUUCCGAAUUUGCUGAUAAGUUAAAUUGGGAAAUCCUAUGGAAAAACUAUAUAUUCGCUACUUCAUUUAUUGAAAAACAUAUUAAAUAUGCAAAAUGGGAUUUAAUUUGCGAGUAUCAGGUGUUAGACGAAUCAUUCUUAACCAACUUUUCACAAUAUCUUGAUUGGAAUAAAGUCGCAGAAUUUCAAAUUCUUUCAGAUAAUUUUAUUAGGCGAUACAUACAUAAGUUUGAUAUUAAAAAAAUUUUAAAAUACCAACGAUUAAAAACUAUGACUUUACGUGUAUUAAAAGAUUAUCUAAACUGGAAUUAUGUUUCUCGUUACCAAAUACUUGACCAGCAAUUUAUUGAUAACUUCCAAAAUAAACUUUCAUGGUGUUACAUUUUAAAAUAUCAGAAAAUAGACCGGGAAUAUAUUGUAAACAAUCACCAGAACUUAUUACUCCACUUACUAGCAGAAAUGUGCCAUGUUUUAGAUAAAAUGCAGAAUGGAUUUCAGGACAUUCGGCAAUUUGCAGUUUGCAAUUUGAAACUCUCAGAUAAUUUAAAGUUAUUAUUCUGGCUGUUUACUAUCCUGCGUUGGAAAAGAGAAAAAAAGUUUCGACUAGAGGCACUUUUUUGUGCUGUUAAUAUUGGAUUUUCGACGACUUUAAUAUCAGGAGGAAUAGCAUAUGUUUUGCUGUUAGUAGCUCUUAUUACAUUUGUUCUUCAUAAAGAGUUUGAAGAACUUUUGAGUGAAUUAUGCGAAAUAAGAAGAAGCGACAGAAAUGUGAAAAUGAAAUUACAGAAAUUGAUGUUCCAUUACCAAGAACUGUGGGUUAUUGUGGAUCAGUGA